AUGCCGUUUUUACAAAAUAAUAUUCAUGUUAAAGAAGAAUAUGAUUCAAAUUUAAAAUAUAAAAAGAAAUAUUUUGAAUUACGGAAUGUGAUUAAAAAUUUAGUUUAUGAAAAUGCAGCAUUAUGUGAUUUAGUAACAGAUAUACAAGAAAAAGUUAAUCUUGUUAAAGAGGAAAGAAAAUUUUUACUUUUAAAGCUUUAUCAAUUUGACCCUUCUUUAUUAAACAUUUCUAAUCCUCCUGAUGUAAAUAAAAAGAUCAAAAAGAGAACCAAUUCUGAUACACCCGAUAUUAAACCAUCAAAACGGAAGCCUGUGUUAAAAAUAAAAAAGAAGUUAGUUCAACCAAUUCCGCUCGAUAGUACAGGACGUCCUGUGUUUCCAAUCAGUUUAGGCGAUCUUACAAUACAUUCAUUAGGAGAAGUUCUCACCGAUAGACCCGAAUUUCAUUCAGAAGAUGUAAUCUAUCCUGUUGGUUUUGUAUCAACACGAAUUUAUGGGAGUGCUAAGGAUCCAGAGAAAAAAUGUGUUUAUACCUGUAAAAUUUUUGAUGGUGGUAAUGGACCCAAAUUUGAAAUAGCAGCUGAUUCAGAUUUAGAAGCUCCCAUUGUUGGUAUGUCAGCUGAUUAUUGUCACACACAAUUACUUUUACUAAUCAAUUCCACAAUUCAAGAGCAAGUAGUAAGCACUCGACCCAAAGGAAAUGAAUUCUUUGGUUUAACACAUUCAACAGUAUUAAAUCUAAUACAAAGUUCACCCGGUACACGUAAAUGUGUAAACUAUAAAUGGAGUAAAUUUGAAGUGAGCAAACACAGUGAACCAAUAACAGAUGAUAACGAUGCAACGCUCAGUUACGAUUCGUUACAACGUAGUAUAACAUUUAGCAAAUAUCAUAUGGUACCAGAAAUCAAGGAAGAACCACCGGAUGAAAUAAUGGAUACAUCGUCGAAUACUUUACGUGAUUUACUUAUGUCCUGACAUGAAACUGGUCUUCCAUCAAAUACUCACAUUUCAUUAUCGUGUAAUAUUUAUCUUAAACAUUAGAUGCAUGAACAAAUUUAUUUUUUAAUUAAAAUAUAAUUAUUUGUACUUAAUAAAAAUACUUUGGUCGUAUUUAGAGUAAGUUCUGAGCUGCUUCGUGGAACUUUAAGAAAAGGUAUCUAUUAUCAAUAUAUAAACAGUAAAAAAAAUUAUUUACUAAAUCAACCAAUUUUGUCAUUGACCAUACCAAUUUUCAUGUAGGGUCGCCGAAAAUCUUCGUACAUUAUGCAUUUUAUUGUUUUCGUAUCAGAAAUCUAACAAUAAUCUAAACCUGAAGCUCAGAAUUGAUCUGUACACAACCAUUGUUAAUAUUUCUCAAGUACAUUAUUGUCAUAAAGUUUAAAAUUCCCGGUGGAAAGGUUCUAUUUAACGUGGUUCGGAAAAUUUUGGUUGGGUUCCCAAGCUUCACAUUUGAGGAUGACUGAGUUUUUUUGUUAUUCUAGCAGGAAGAUCAUCGAAUAAUAAAUGAUAAAAUCAUUUUUAUCUACGCCCGUGGAAUAUAAAAACUACUUUUCUCGCUCAUUUUGAGAGCGAAAAAUACUUCCAUUACCACACUCAUUGUCGUCAUGAACACUCAUUUUCAAUUUAAAAAUUUGACCUAAUUACUGUCAAAAUAUAAAUUAGUGAGUUAAAACCGUUGGGCAGAGUAUGGUGCGACCCCUGAGGUCCACACAAAUAACUUCCCAGUAUAAUAAAAAGUUUAAAAAAAAUUAAAACACGACCGAAUGUUAUGAAAAUCUUUUCGGAUCAUAUUGCCGUUAACACGCUUCGAUUGACAUGCCAACGAAGUCGAUAUCAUUUUUUGUUCGCGCGAUAUCGACGAAGAACAAAAUUUCUAUGGACGUAUACUUGCGGACUUUAAAAAUGCGACAAAGCUGUAUAAUAGAUAUAUUUGGUGGUUGAAAAUAACACUUUAAUUAAUAUGUGUUUUAAGUUUUAAUGCCACCAAAUAUAUUUGAUAUACAGUUUUGUAGCAUUUUUAAAAUCGGCAAGUAUACGUACUCCAGAUUGGUGUCAAUGCCUUGUCUUAGCCAUGAAACGUAAAGAUAUGUUGAAAAUUUCCAUUUCGAAAAUCGGACCCAUUCACAGAUUAUAAUUUUAUAUAAUAAACUAUAAUCUGUGUUCAAUUAAAAUGGUUUACCGAUACCUUAAAAAAGAACGAACACCCCGCUUUAUUAAUAUAAUUAAUUGUCGGACAAAAUCGUUUAUUAUUCAUCAUCUCUCUUUUGGACUAAAGAAAGAACGAGUAGCCAUCAAUUUGAAGCUUGGAUGCCAACCGUUUUAAAAGUAAAAUAUGUAAAAAAAAUUUCAACUAUAUGACUCCAGUGUAUUUUUUUUUUUUACAAAUUGUACCAAAUUAUACACUAUGUCUUAAUAUAAAAGUUAUAUCCGAAAGAAUUUAAGCCAAUAUUAUAACCCCUGC